AUGUCGUCUGUACCCACUCUUGUUAACACACGUGACUUAGGUUACGUUUCUAUUCCUCCAAAAUUUGAGCCAAAGGACUUUGGUUCAUGGAAGGAACGAAUGUUACUACACAUAGUGGGUGUAGAACCAUAUCUUAUGACCAUUCUAAAUGAAGGUCCUUACAUUCCUACAUAUGUUCAAAGGACACCAGGUGCAACACCUGAUGCUCCUGAAAUUGUAACAGAUCUAGUCAAGCCUGAAGUCCAAUGGACUGAAGAAGAGCGAAAGCUCAAACCCUUGGCUCAAAAUAUUAGAGCCUCUGCUGAAUCAAGGAGACAUGCUGGCUCCUCUUCUGCUACCAGCUCUUCUGCAAACCCCUUAUCUGACCCUCUUGCUCUCAUCUCUUCUGAGCCCAUCUAUCCCAAUGAUGGUGCCAGCACCUCUUCUCUUCCAGCAUCCUUUCAAGCUCUCGUUGAAGAGCUUGAUGCUGAAGAGAAACAGGAAAUGUUCAGUGAUUUUGUAGAAUUUGCCUUAAUCGCUGGAAAGAAAAAAGGCCACUACCAAAAGGAGUGCAAGGUUUCUAUCCCAACUCCUGCUGCUCCAAAAUCUAACUCAUCUAAAACUGCUGAUGUCAGCUCAAAGCCAAAAUGGCUGAAACUGAAGAAACCAAAACACCAGGCAAAGGCAGUGAUAGGUGGAGAUUUUGAAUCUACUGCCUGCAUCGCUGACAUGUUUAAAGAUGAUGUGAGACCGGAAAUCUCAAUUCCUCCUUCUGGUAUUACUUCUCAUGAGGAAAUGAAAAAGUGGUAUUUCGUUAAAGGAAAUGAUUACCAUACUGAAAUGGACGCUGGUUCCUCCACAUCUCUUUCUAGCGACCCUUCAAAUUCUUCUGAAGCUAAAUCCAUCGCUCCUCAACCCCUUACUUUGAAUAAGUCUGAGACUUUCAAAAGAAGUAACGUUGCUGCUCCUUAUGACUAUAGCACGCCUCAGCGAGCUGAUCAUACAAAGCAGCAACCUCAGUCUAUCUCAUCAAAUUCUUUUCCUUCUAAAAUCUCAAGUGCUGAUGUAUCUCAGCAUGAACGUCUCAUGGAGAGACGUGUAAGGUUUGGAGAUAUUAGAAUUCAUAAUGAGGGCUCAUCUCAAGCCAAACCGGUUGUCCAUCAGCGGGCCUCUCAUCAUUCUCCUCCACGAUCCAUUCUGAGACACCCAACUCCUCUAAGAAGUAAGGUGUCUCAGUCGGUCAACAGACCAACCACUCCUCAGCGAGGAAACAUUCCUCCUCAGCAAAUGAGGAGUACAACUCCUCAGCAAGGACACACUUCUCGGCAGCGACUAAGAAGUGUUACUCCUCAACGAGGAAAUGCUUCUCAGCACCAAUCAAGGAGUGUAACUCCACAAAGGGGACACUUGCCACAUCAGCAAGUAAGAUCCUCCACUCCCAAUAAAAGACAGUUGUCUUCCCAGCAGUCACAGUCGUCUAUUCCUCGUGUGAAAUAUCUCCCUCAUAGGCAAGGGAGGUCUUCCACACCCAAUCAAUCUUCUAGAUCGACCACUCCCAAUAAGGUUCCUCAAUCCAGCACCUCCUCAUCUCAAACUGAUCUAAAACAAGCUUGGAGUGUGUUAAGAGGGUCACAAAUGGCCUCCUCUUCCACUCCUCGUCUAGAUGACCCCACUGGCAAAUCUCUCUUGGGUCCCCCUCCUCUCUCAAAGAAUUCUCGCAAACAAAAAUCAAAGCCUAAGCCCAAGGCAAAGACUAAGGCUUCAACCUCUUCUGACCCAAAAAUUGUUGAACUUGCUCAACAAAAUGAUUUGUCUUCUCAACUUAAAGAAUUCCUUCUCAGCAAUCAGCAAAGCAACUCCUCUAACAGGAAAUGCUAUAUAUAUGGCAUGAGAGGUCACAUUGCUACAGAUUGCUGUAACUCAAGAGAUGCCCCUGAAGUUGUUGUGCAAUCAAAUGCUCACACUUUAGCCUAUGACUCUCUAAUCAACCAUGCCUCAUCUACCAUGAUUAGUGAGAGUCCUCCAAAUGAAUCUCUCUUCAUUGACACUGGGUCUAUGGGAACUCAUCAAUCUAAUCUUGCCAACUACAUUGCUUCUCAACGCAUUGAGAUUCCUCAUUCUCAGAAUGUCAUCUCCAAUUUGUGGGGACGACCUGCAAUGCUGGUUGAGUUCAGUGCUCCCAACGUUAUCAGCAACUCAGUGGUGCUUCAAGAAAAUGAGAAUAACAUGAUGACCACUGAUGAAAAUGACAGAAUUCAUGGGCUUCCUGACUUAGGAAACCACUUCUCCCUUGAGGAAACCUUCUCCGCUGAGUCUUCCUCUACCACUGAUGCACCCAUCAUUACCUCUACUGACAUUCCUGUUAGUGAGUCUGAAAAUGGACCAAACUAA